AGUCAGAUUUGCUUUUCUGAAUAUCAUGUAUUUUUUGUUUUUCUGUUAGACAAAAAUUGAUUAAGAUUUGGUGUUUCUAAAUUUGCAUACAUUCGUGAUCAGUGACUCGUUCAACCCCUUUUAACUACAGCCCUUUCAAUAAUAAGGACUUUCAACCGAUGAAACUUACAGAUCAUAUAAACAAUAUAUACACAAGUCAAGAUACGUGAAGUCGUAACGAUUAAGUUCAUUUAAGAUGCUAAUUAGGGGGUGAUUUUCUCGAUUUUUUUACCAAAACCAAAAGGGACUAACUUUAUUUUGAGCGUAACUUGUUUAAUUUUGAUGCUAGAAUUUUUUUUUAUAAAACAAAAAUGAAGAUUUUUAAACACUUUAAAUAAGUUGUAAUGAGUUUUCCCCGAAAUGUGCUUCAUUUUUGGUUAUUUCACGUUAAAAUAUUCCAUUUGGAAUUUGACGAAUAUGAACCUAUUUUUCAUUAGCUAUAACUCUGCUUCUACUAGGUGUAGAGACGUGAUAUAUACACCAUUUUUUAAAAUUUUUUACAGGCUAUAUUUUUGCUAAGAAUGUUUUUUCGACAAAAUACUUACUAUUUGAGUUAUUUGCGAAAAACCGUCUAAAAGCGUGGUUAUUUUGUUGAAAAAAUGAACAUAGUCACUGCCAAAUAACUCGAAAAGUAUUGACUUAGUGAAAAAACUCUAUAGAACAAGAGUUACUUAAAAUUAGCCAGUUUAUCCAUUUCCUGACUUUCUUUGGACGAAUAUUUUUUCACCCAUAAGAGGGGGUGAAAACCACCCCCAGGGCAAAAGCACAUAUCGGCAAAAUAUCACUUUUUUCUUUGACUUGUUAGCUAUGUGUUUGCCAAAUUUCAUGUCAAUCCAAGCGGUUCUUUAAAAUUUAGAGGUUUUGCAAUAUUUUACCGUUAAAGAACGGACUAGUAGAGCGCACAAAAAUUUGGCAAAAAAACUGCGAAAUUAUUGACAUUAUAUUGAUGGAUAUCAGUGACCUGAAACAGAGGGUAAUUUGCCAGCAUCAUUAUGCAGUGGAACAUAUUUACCAAAGUGACCAAACAAAGUUAUUAAGGAAAAAUGCUGUUCCUCUAAAAUUUGCACAGUUAGCAACUGAUUUAGGUGAUACCCCACCAGUAUUAUGCUCUACAUACGUUUAUUGCGGUACGAAACGUAAAAAAUCUACAAGUGGCGAUUGUAUGGUUAGGUCAACUCCAUCGCCUAAGAGAUCAAGUAGUAGUCUCAGUGAUAUUUCCAGUUUUGAUAUUAAUUUGCCCACAAAACUUGAAACUGAAUUGACGGAGAAGGUAAAGAAAUUGGAGUAUCAAGUAAAUGCUUUAAAGAAGAAGUGCCGCCAGAAGAACAGUCAGCGUUGUAGAAGAACAACAAAAAACAGAAAAUCGGCAACCAAAUUCAUGAUAGAGGUACUGUUAGAAAAUAAAAGCAUAUACGUGCACACUUUUGUUAAUAUGCAGUUUUCACACAAAACUCGUUCACAAUGGAGUCACAAUGAAAAGGAUUUAGCUCUGGCCAUUUAUUAUAAGUCUCCUAGUUGUUAAAAAUUUUUAAUUAGAUCUCUUAACUUUAUCUUACCUUCACUAAAAACAAUUCAAACUUGGUUGCGUGUCAUAAAAUUAAGAACUGGUUUAAACAUUUCCUUAAUUGACAAGUUGAAGAAAAAAGUAGAGACAAUGGAUGAGUGGAAAAAAUUUGUGUGUUAAUGUUUGAUGAAAUUUUUUUGAAAAAACAAUUGGAGUACAAUAAAUUAGAUGACAUUAUAGAAGGGUUUCAAGAUUUAGGUGCUUUAAAAAGAACAGAACAAACAAACUUGCCAACACAGGUCUGGUUUUCAUGAUGCGCAGCUUGCUACAUAAGGCUACGCGGCUUGCUACAGGUGGUCCAAUACAUAGCGACAACUUAAAAAACAUUGUAGUUGAAGUUGUUUCAAAAUUACAAAAUAUUGGGUAUAUACCAAAAGUGUUGUGUGAUCAAGCAUCUAAUAAUAGAGCUUUAUUUAAGCUGUUAGGCGCAUGUAAGGAUCAGCCUGCAAUAGAAAUAGGAAAUCAGAGGAUUUUCACUGUGUUCGAUACACCCCACUUAUUAAAAAGUCUAAGAAAUAAUUUUCUUAACAAAAAGUUGACGUUUCUUGCCGAUUCUAAACAAAUAUCGUGGCAAGAUAUUGAAUACACAUACAACAUCGAUAGAACCAGUGUGAGAGCACGAUGCAUGGUGAAAAUGACAAAUGUUCAUAUAAACCCUAAUAAUUUUCAAAAAAUGCGUGUAAAAUUAGCAGCACAAAUUUUUUCCAACUCAAUUGCCUCAGCAAUAUCAACAGCAAUGUCUGUAGGGCAGUUACACACCAAAACGGCUUCUCUU